GAGGCCAUCAGCUCCUUGCGCGCCCACGGUGUGGCGGCAUGGCGCUCCGAACUCAUUGGAGAGCUUUUGCAGGGCUUGGAGGCUUCGCAGGCCUUGCCUCACGCCAAGGCGCCAGAGGCGGGAUCCAAGAGUGGUGGUGAAGGGAGUGGUGAGAAGUCGGAAGAUCUCAGGAAGGAGGAGAGGUGGCAGUUACUUUCUGGAGCAGAUGAG